AUGUCCAAAUCCAUCACAGCAAAAGAAGUAAAAGACCACGCAACCCCCGAAAAAGGCCUCUACAUCAUUAUUGAUGGAAGCGUGUACUCGAUGGCAGAGUUUGCAGAUGAACAUCCUGGUGGUUCCAAGAUUUUGAAGAGGGUGGGUGGGAAAGACGCGAGCAAACAGUUUUGGAAGUAUCAUAAUGAGGGUGUGUUGAAGAAGUAUCAGCCCAAGCUAAAGAUUGGUGAGCUCAAGGAGGAAGCGAAGCUCUGA